UCCCUUUAACGCGAGCACGUGGUACCUGCAAACAUCCGGUUUUUUAGAAAAUGCAAAGAAAAUUGCAACAAUGUCGUGACACGCAGUUUGGACGGACGGAGUCUUGACAAACUAUGGAGGGUGCCAGCCUUGUCUCAUGCAGAGAGGACAUUUCUUCGCUGUUUCCUGAGCAAACGCCUGGUGCCAAAUAUAAAGAUUUAAGCAGCCAGUUUUCCUCCGUGAGACAAGUACGAGGGGAUGGGAACUGCUUCUACAGAGCCCUCUGCUACGCACACUUGGAGUCAGUCCUACACAAUGCCAGGCCUUUGCAGAGAUUUAAGGAGCGAAUUAUUCAAACCUGCAAAGACUUUUCUUCUGCGGGAUUUGAUGAGAGCUCCUUCAAGCGCCACCUGAACACAGUUGUAAAUGUUGUGGAGCAGUGCCAGGCUGAUGAGCAGGAAGACCGGCUGCUCCAGCUCUUCAAUGAGCAGGUGACCUCUGACAGUGUGGUGCAGUAUCUCAGGCUGCUUACUUCUGCACACUUGCAAAACCAUGCCGACUUCUUCUGCAACUUUGUGGAGGCGCCCAAUCUGCAAAUCUACUGUCAUCAAGAAGUGGAGACCAUGGCAAUGGAGUGUGAUCAUGUGGACAUCUUAGCUCUGUCACAGGCCCUGGAUAUCUGCAUCCACAUCGUCUCUAUGGAGGGCGAUGAACAGCAGUUGGCUCACCACGUCAUUCCCGAGGGUGCUGAACCCUCCCUGCACCUCCUCUACCAAACGUCACAUUAUAACAUUCUCUACCCACGACCUCAACACUGACCAGUGAUCCAGUAGGACUCCGCUCAACUCAGGGAUACAGACUUUGGUUGAAUAAAAUCCCAACUGGGCUUUCAGACAGUUAUGAAAAGAGAUUUUUAUAAAAUCUUGCAGUGUACAGCAAUUAAGAAACAUCUGGUAAUACAUUUUUUGCACAUUGUGCAAUACGUAUUUAGAUGAAUGGAAAUCAAUCUAUGUAAAAAAAAACUACAUAAAUCUUUUCAAAGAUGUACUUUUAAACACAUUUCCAUAAACAUGUCACUGCUGCUGUUCUUUCUUCUGCUUCUUUGUUUUCUUCUGUGGUGAAACACCUUUCUUUAACUUUUCUUUCUUUAACUUUUCUUUCUUCUCCUCUAUUGAAACCCUGGUGAGGGCACUCUCCAUCCCCGCUAGAGGCAUGUGAGACAGGGAGAGCUUUCCCAUCUGAGUGGGGUAUUUGGUCUUUAUCGCAUUCUUGAAUACAGGCUGGGAGAUCAAAUGCUUCAAAUGCUUUUUCAUCCCCUUCACCAUCUUCUGCUGCUCUCUGUCAUCUUCCUCGUCCUUUGCUCUCCCUGUGGACAUAUAUGGUAUAUUCAGUUGUCUGUAUUUAAACAUUUUUAAAUAAACUCAAGAUGUAAGAGAAUUUGUGUUACCGAUUAAAAGAUCAUCAUCCAGGUCUA